UGGGGAUGGAGGAGGAGAGCUGUCAGAGAAUGUAGUGGGGAUGGAGGAGGAGAGCUGUCAGAGAAUGUAGUGUGGAUGGUGGGAGGAGAGCUGUCAGAGAAUGUAGUGUGGGGACAUCCCCCAUCACAGUGCCUCCACCUCACUGCCUGACAACAGAAGGAACCAGUGCCUUCUAGAAGUCACCAAGAAGAUCAUUGAUCUGCUGACAGGAGAGGUUCCUAUAAGGUGUCAGGAUGUCACUGUCUAUUUCUCCAUGGAGGAGUGGGAGUAUUUAGAAGGACACAAGGACCUCUACAAGGACGUCAUGAUGGACAAUCAGCCGCCCCUCACAUCACCGGAUGGAUCCAGUCAUGGGAACCCACCAGAGAGAUGUCCCCGUCCUCUGUAUUCCCGGGAUUCCACACAGGAAGGUUACACCAUCCCACACCAUCAUCAGGUAGGUGGAUCCAGUAAUGGGAACCCACCAGAGAGAUGUCCCCAUCCUCUGUAUUCCUGGGAUUCAACACAGGAAGAUCACACCAUCCCUCACCAUCCUCAGGUUGACGAACUGAAAGACAUCAAAGCUGAAGUUAAAAGAGAAGAACCAAUGUGUGUUAGGGGAGCUCGGCAAUUUAUGGAGGAGGGCGGUCACCUGUAUUCCUUUUACUCUUUGAAAGAUCCAAGCAUCGUUCACCAUGAGCAGGACACAGAACUGAAAGACAUCAAAGUUGAGGUUAAAGUGGAGGAGCAGACGUUGGUGAGUGGAGAUCAGCAGUCUAUGGAGGAGGGGGAGAUGAUUAUCAAAAGUAAACUUGAGGAAUCUUCUCUACAUAUGGACAAAAGUAAGUAGUAAACACUAAAUGCAGA